AAAUAAAUAAUAGCAUAGCGCUAAAACCAAGACAACCAUAUCUUAUAUUGCUUUUACAAUUAUGUAAAUAACAUUUAAGUCUGUGAGCUUGGUCGUUAUGACAAGCGGCGGGGCUACGAUCGGGCCGAAUUAAUUUUAGAGAUUCCUCCAUAAAUCCUUCAGCUAAAGUCACUUGUCCCUCCCUAACUUUAUUACGCACACGGGAUGAAAACAUCAGGCCUACUCAAGGCCACUACGCGCAGCGUCGGAGGGGACGACCGGCCGCUGAGCCGGGCUCCGUCGUACGUACCAAUAUUAUAUCUCCUAUGUCAUUGAUAAAAGCGUCGUUUUUGCGUAACGCGAUAGAGUAUUGUGACAAUUAAGGCGAAGUGUGUGCGAAUGAGAGGGAAAAGGCCCACGCUCACCCUUGCGACCCCAGUUGCCGCCGCCCUACAGAGUGCUUCGCGCAGCCGCCGCUAGUCGGCGCUGCGAGCCCGCCCUAGCACAACAUGAUAUUAUUAUAUCUUAUUUAGCUAAGAUUCAUGUAAACAAACUGGAUUGUGCUGUGUUUGGUGUUUAUAAUAUAUGUUAUAAAUUGUCCAUAAUACUAGUUUGUGAGGAUUAUGUGAUUCUUGAACAGUAGGACGGAGAAAUCUUAAGAUGCUGAAUCGGACGUUAAAACAGCUUUCCGUAGAGUUAUCAUAGCAGUGCAGCACACAUUAUUAUCUCCUAUAAUAGUACAAAGCUAUCGAACUUAAUCGCUUAAGGUCCCUCUAGUUUAUUUUUGUAACGCUUUAAGUAGGAACCGAGAGGAAAGGAUUUUGUAAAUCGUUGCUAUUUUCUAUAACGUACACCGUUCUAGAUAGUUCUAUCGCCGGCGUCCGUAGUUUUAUAGGGGAAACAAUGCCAGAGGUUCUCAUAAAGCAUCGAUAUCUUGGAGGUUGUGAUUUUUCGUGGGUUGUGUAAUGGUAGGGUGGUAGUGGGUAGUGGUAAUGUGUGAAGAUAAGGAAGAGGUUCGGAGUGAGGCGGGCGCCGCGGCCAGCCCACGCCGGCUGUGCUGGUCGCGCCGGCCUCCACCGCCCCUGCCCGACACCCGCGGCCUCUGCUGCGCCAAGCUGCUCCGCAAGAACGGCAAGCCCAAGAAGGUGUUAAUGUUCCCGGAGGAGGGCUGGGCUCGCAGCGCGUCCUCGUCCUACUGGACGCUGCAGCCGUGCUGGUGGCGCCGGUCACGUUGCAAGGUCGUCGAGGUCGCAGGAACCAGGAGGCACAGCACCCACGCCCGGAUGGUGAUCAGCGGCGCCAACGCAGUCUACAUCGUUGGCACUUUCAAACAUAUGGGGGUUGAUGCCGACUUUAAGUUGUAUCUGACGACGAACGUGACGCAGGCUGACUUCAACAUGGGGUACACCAUGACAGGAACCCUGGAGCGUGGCUCCCGAACCUCGAACACCUUCCAAAUGACGCACUUUGCCGUUCUACGCCGCUGCGAUCAUGAUGCGCAUCAUCUCAAGAAUGCCUAGACGUCAGUAGAUAAAAUAGGGAUGAUGACAAAAUACUUUCUAU